GCGAGUAGCAGCAGUGUACAAAAAUCUACAAUAUUUUUUAAAAACUGAAAGGGGGGGUCAAUGCAAAUAGUCUGGGUAGCCAUUUCAUUGUUCAGCAGUUUUAUGGCUUUAGGGUAGAAGCUGUAACGUUUUGGGGGUAGAAGCUGUAACGUUAGCGCCUAGCUGUGAACUAUCUGAGCGCUACCGAACAAAAGCCUUAAAACAAGCUGAUUUGUAGCGGCCAUCGAUAUUUUUAACACGGAAACAUUUGAUUAUCAAGUUCUAGAUAAAGGCUCAGAAGUUUCCCCUUCUCUCUCGCCAGUCAAGAUGGGAGGAGCUGUGAGCGCUGGCGAGGAUAAUGACGAGUUGAUUGACAACCUGAAGGAGGCACACUACAUCCAUUCAGACCUGGUGGAGCGGGCCUUCAGGGCCAUCGACCGGGCCGACUACUACCUGGAGGAGUACCGUGACAGCGCCUACAAGGACCUGGCCUGGAGGCACGGCAACAUCCACCUAUCAGCCCCCUGUAUCUACUCUGAGGUGAUGGAGGCCCUGGACCUGCACCCUGGCCUGUCCUUCCUCAACCUGGGCAGUGGGACGGGGUACCUCAGCACUAUGGUGGGACUCAUACUGGGUCCAUUUGGUGUGAACCAUGGGGUGGAGUUAUAUGCUGAUGUGAUUGAGUAUGCCUAUCAGAAGCUAGACUACUUCAUCAAAACCAGCGAAAGCUUUGACAAGUUUGAGUUCUGCGAACCUUCGUUUGUGGCGGGGAACUGCCUGGAGAUCCCCCCUGAGAGCAGGCAGUAUGACAGGGUGUACUGUGGGGCGGGAGUGCAGAGAGACCAUGAAGAAUACAUGAUGAACCUGCUGAAGGUGGGGGGUAUUCUGGUACUGCCUCUGGAGGAGAAGCUGACCAAGAUCAGGCGUACAGGCCAGAGCAGCUGGGAGACCAAAAAGAUAAUUGCUGUGUCCUUCGCUCCACUGGCACUGCCCCAACAUAACACCAAUGGCGAACCCAAGACAGUCCCACUACCCACGUUUGAGGUGCGGACGCUGCAAGAGCUGGCUCGUAUAGCCAUCCGCCACACCCUGAGAGUGACCACGGACAACGGGGGAGGUCAGCCACGGGGUCAGGGCUCUUUUGGAGGUGGCAGGGGCCUGGGGGUCAGUGGGCUCCACAAGUACGGCCCACGCUUUAAACGCCGAAGAGUUCACCACCGCCGCCACUGCACCUCUGUAGUACUGGCACACAAGCGUGUGGUGAGCAAUGCUGACCCCACCCCUGCUCCCCUGGACAACAACAACAAUAACCACGGGGGGCAGGAGGAUGGGCAGCGAAGGGCAGCCCGGGAGGAGGAGGAGGAAGCAGAAAAGGAGACAGGGGAGCAACUCCCAGCAGAGCCACCUAUAAACAUCCUGAGAGAAAGGAUUCUCGUUUUGCCCCUCCCGGAGCCUCUGAAGAUGUACCUGCUGUACUGCCGGGAGAAAUGACUUCUC